CCGAGAUCGCACCCCAUGUCGGGUAUCCGAAAGGCGGUGAUAUAAUGCGAAUCAGGGAUCAUUAGUCUGCGGGAGGCUUCUCAAAACGAACCACCUCGGCCCACCGAGGUAUGGAUGAUAUUGGUAAACUACCUAACCUAAUGGUAGGUUAAGCUGAUACCUCCUAGUCCUCGCCAUGCCUUACGUGCCGUUUUAUUUAUUUACUUUGCUUCCCUAACUGUACUAAGUUACCUUUUUUCUCUUCCGUUUCAUGUAUAUGUCGCGGGUGGUUUUUUUUUCUUCGUUGCUAUCCUAUGUAAUAUUCACAGUCUUGCCAAUACUUCAUUUUUCUUAUUUUUAAUUGCUAAGUGGCUAAAAUUCUUGUAAGGUACGAUGCGUUUUGCUUCUUUAGCCUAGUUACCAAAUUCUAGACAUAUAUAUCUCUAGGAAGCAACCUUGAACAUAAUAAGCUACCUCCUAAUUUGCCGAAGCUGGAAUAUGCCGAGUACCUAAGUCCCAAACACAAACGCAGUCUCUAAAAUGGCAGAGUUAUCUUCUUUAGCGCUUUCCCUGCCGGUGGCAGCGGCGGGGCUUGCAUAUCUCAAUGCUAAGACGGGACUUUGGUAUGACAGAGCUAUGCUACGCGGCACUCUGCCGGCCAUCUUUCGCGUCAUCAACCGGGAACGAAAGGAUCGCUGCAGUACAUUUUACACUCUAGAAGAAGCCGCAAAAAACAAGUCGACUAGUAACCGGCUGUUUAUCCGCUUCCAGGAUAAGUCAUGGACCUACGCCGAGGUAUACGAGAUGGCGCUGAAGUACGGGAACUGGUUCAAGAAUAAGUUUGGUAUCAAAUCUAAGGAUAUCGUCGCCGUCGAUCUUCAAAACUCGGACCACUUUAUAUUCAUCUGCUUCGGCUUGUGGUCUAUCGGCGCGAAGCCGGCGUACAUCAACUACAACUUAACCGGUCAACCAUUGGUACACUGCGUCAGUACGGCGAAUUCUGUCCUCAUGUUGGUUGAUCCAGAAGUUGCGACGAAUGUCGAUGACAGCGUCCGUGAGAAGCUAGGUGAUCUGCGAAUCGAGUUCUUAACAGAGGAGGCAAAGGCUGAAGUCCUUGCUACCGAGCCAAUACGACCGUCCGACUCUCUCCGUUCUGGAGAAGUGUCUAGGGAUAUGGCUAUUCUGAUUUAUACUUCUGGUACCACGGGCCUACCGAAAGCCGCCAUCGUGUCAUGGAAAAAGAUGACCUUGGCAGGAUCUUUCGUCAGUGGCUUCUUGGGGACGAAAAUAUCCGACGUAUUCUAUACGUGUAUGCCCCUUUAUCACGGCUCGGCUACCAUUAUGGGUAUGAGCCAGUGCUUGGAAAGCGGCUGUACUUUUGCGAUCGGUAAGAAAUUUUCGACCAAGGUGUUUUGGAAUGAAGUGCGCCAACACGAUGCAACCAUGAUUCAAUACGUGGGGGAAACAUGUCGUUACUUGCUCGCAGCACGGCCACAGAUCGAUCCGACCACAGGCGAGAACAUGGAUAAGAAGCACAAUGUCCGUAUAGCGUUCGGCAACGGCCUACGUCCAGAUAUCUGGGAGAAGUUCAGAGAGCGGUUCAAUAUCGAAAGCAUUGCCGAGUUCUACGGGUCUACGGAGGGCAAUCUAGCGACGUGGAACCUUUCCCGCAACGAUUUCGCGACAGGAGCCAUCGGGCGUUUUGGGAUCCUCUACCGGCAGAUUGCCAAACUUACAUCUGCGAUCGUACGGCAAGAUAUCGACACAGAUAGUCCUUGGCGCGAUCCCAAGACCGGUCUCUGCCGACAUGUGAACCCCGGCGAAAUCGGCGAACUACUGAUGACACUGCCAGCCGACACACAAAGAGAUUUCCAAGGAUAUUAUAAUAACCACGAGGCGACGGAGAAAAAGAUUCUUCGGAAUGUGUUUAAGAAGGGCGACGGAUAUUUUAGGACAGGUGAUCUUGUGAGCUUAGACAGCGAGGGUCGUAUGUUCUUCCACGACAGAAUCGGCGACACUUUCCGGUGGAAGAGCGAGAAUGUGGCGACGACGGAAGUGAGCGAGGCAUUGAGUACGCACCCGGCGGUACAGGAGGCCAACGUGUACGGCGUGCAACUACCGAAUCACGACGGGAGGGCUGGAUGUGCCGCGCUCACGUUAACUCAGGAAGUGCUUGAUGACGCGUUACUACGGUCGUUGGCGGAGCACGCGCGUGGCAAACUACCCAAGUAUGCCGUGCCGAUCUUCUUGAGAAUAGGAAAGGGGCUUACAGCGGCGGUUACGGGCACGAAUAAGCAGCAGAAACACGGACUACGUGAGCAAGGUGUUAACCCAACCCUAGUUGGCGACGACGAGAUAUUCUGGCUCAAAGAUGGAACGUACGUAAAAUUCAGCAACAGUGACUGGAAUCGGUUGAAUGCCGGCCAGGUAAAGCUUUGAAUUAGAUACUCGAAGGGGUAGUCUGGUUGGAAUGCAGAGACGAUUUCACGAGGCAUGCUAUAGAGAGAGACCCAUAAGAUAGAUAAUAUCAUAUACAUAUGAAGAUGGUCUGCGCCUAGCAAGGAUAUGACGGGAGGCGAUCUCUUUUGAAUACCUGUUGCUAAGAGUUAACUGGUACGUAUGUACAUAGGUACCUAGGUACACACAUGCAUCCCAUGCAUCCACUAAUACGACGCUAAUGCAUGCAUAUGUACCUUAGGUACAGUAAAACUACCCGCUGUCCCCGCUGUAUACUAUGGUCUCAAGGGUAAGUAAAACCACAGCCAUAAGUCGCGCACUAAAAGGUGGCCAAUGCGGUACUAGAAAUGCUAAAAAGCUGAUACC